UAGACCCAAAUGGUCAAAUUCAUACCAGAUCUUAAUGCAUAUCAUUUGGCUGAAGGGAUCAACUGAAGGGAUCAACUCCAGAGAAUACAUUGAACUACUCACCAUCCAGUUUGAUACCUCUCGAUAAUCUCAAGUGGCGGACUUACCGUCCCCUUUAAACAUUUACCGGCAUCGCAAUAUUUACAGGUCUCCGAAGGGAAAAGCUAACGUCGAAGGACUGACCUAGCGGGAUUCUUGAGUGUGGGAUGAUUGACGGCAGUGGGACAUCCUUGAUUGAUCUGCAACCGCAUCUGGAGCUUUAUCGUCACAGAAUUUGGAUCAGCGGACUGCGUGUUUUCCAGUCACAGUAGCGAACAGUUUUUGCGGAAGUUCAUUAGAGGUCUUUUCCAAGGCUGCAUUCCGCAGAGCUUGAAGAAUCUGGAAUCGGUUGAUGGAGUAUCGCCCCCCGUGCAGACAAUAGAUCUCUUUUUUCACAGUUGUGCAUGAGUUGAGAUUAGAAUUUUUGAAGUUGUGUGUGCUUUUGUGGAAUCUGUUGUGUUUUGCGAGUGCUGAAUCCGGGAUCUCCCACUGGGACUGGAUGGAGAUUGAAGCCACCCAGCGAUGGAGUAUUUGGUUUCGACAGGGGUUGUUGAAAAGGUCAUAUUCGGUGGUUUCGUAGAACGGAGGAUUGGUGGGUGAGAAUCGUGGGAUGAAGAAGAAGGAUGCGCUGGAACACAUGACAGCUGAGCCGAGCGAAUGGCCAUGGGAAGCUCCGGAAGCAUGAGUAAGCAACCAUGGCAAGAAUGUAAGGACAACACAGCUUUCACGAAAGCGUGGAAUUCUAAGGAGUCGGGGCCAGAUUCUCGCGCCGCUCAGCAUAGGUCCAGAGUGCAAUGGUGGCUUACUUUUUCUCUCUGCGCCAGCCUCGUCGUGGUUUCUUUGCUGUGGUUUAUCUGCGCAAUCGACAACACGGACGAGAUCACGAAGUCGCAGCCUCAGAUUUCGUUAGAUAGUCGUGUGGAAUUUUUAGGUGAGCGAUUGAAGUUGCGAGACGGAAAAACGAUGGCAAUCGACGACAAAGGGAGCGGGAAAAUGCCCCGAGCUGCGCUGCUAGGAAUGGGAACUAUUCUUCGUAUAGGGACGAGGGCGAUGCAAGAGCUGAUCGUAGCACAUCUGACUGAAGACACCACCAGCGAGGAUCUUCGGCUGUUCCUGAGGUCGUUGCAUCGAAGUGGGUCGACUGCCAGAGCUGAUGUCGUGUUAUUGUUUCCUUCCAGUCCUAUGCCCACGGCUAUGGCGAAGGUCAUCCAAGAAGAGGAAGAAAGCUUCCAAAAGUUGCUCAAGGAUUUCGAAACUGGAGAUACAUCUGGUGAUUCAGAAGGCUCUGCAUCUACAGAGCUAAACUUCACAAUAUCUCCGUUUAAUGCUAUGGCGUUCAAGAAAGCCGGUGAGGAGAAUCAAGAGAUAGUUCAAGAAAUUAUAUGGGGCAAACGGUAUAAUUUAUCGGACAGCACCGAGGAAACCAUUCCGGUGCAAACCAGUCCGGGCUCGGCAUCUUGGGGUAGCAUGGUGGCGUUUGACGUACAGGAAUUGGAUUCCCAGGACGCUUUGCACGGGUUCUUAGACGCACCUCCGGUGCAGCUCCGGCGCUGGGUGUGUUACGAUAUGUUACUUGGAACCAUCAAGUUUCGCUACAGGAAUGUGCUCCUCUCGCAAGUGAAAGGGGUGUAUGUCCUCGGCGACGCUUUAUCCACAACUCGCGAAUUGCAAAUCAUCUAUAUUACCACCGAGGAUACGGUCUGGAGAGACGCUAGACAAGAGCCAGUAGCGGAGGGCUUAUCUCGAGGACCAGAAAAUGGUUCGAAUGACGUAGAGUUUCUCAAGUCAACAAUUAUUGAUAGACUCAUAGUUAGGAAGGAAUCCAUUCGAAGGGUCUUGAGAAAUAGCAGCAAUCUCAAGACCUCGGAGAAUGCGGAAGGCAAUGAUCUGAAAGAGAGCAGCAACGAAGGUGUAACCGAGGAUCCGAAAACCACGGAAGAGCCACUCCAGACGUGGAUAAACGCCCCGGGUUUGAUACAAAGCGUCUAUGGAACCCUAAUGUGGAGUAAUCUGGAUGAGUCUAACAAGCAGUUUGCGGUUGUCAGUGCAGCGGUGAUCAUGGGAGAGGUGCACUAUGUCCGAGGAUUAGCCAUGAAGAUGACGUCGGAGAUUGUGAGAAUGGCUAUUGAGCACAAGAGCCGACGAUUAUUUCACGACAAAGCUGUACUCAACAUGUGGGUUCACAAUAAAGCCACAAUAGUUAAGAAAUUUGCGGAGCACAUGAAGGUAGUUCGCAAUAAGGACUCGGUUGUCCACUCGGCCCAGGGCUCUCGCCAACCAUUCGUGUACUGGAGGAAACGGAACCCAAGAAGCAGGUAUCUCAUCGUGCACCAGGAGGACCAUGAUGGAGUCCAGGAGCUUCGCCAAGAGCUGUGCAGAUUAGCUCCCACCAUCUACAAACGAUGCUUGUAGCGGAUCAGCACAGAACUUGUCAAUUCAACAUCGUCCACACUCUCCACAACAUACCUAAGUGCAUAACCGACGCACCAAAAAUGAUAUCCUCGUGUCCCACCACUGCUAAUUGUGCUAAAAAAUACGGCACCGCCCACGGGGAUCGAAAAUCAAACCCUAAACCUCUAAACCUCAACAACUUCGGCAAUCAAUUGAUGCGUGAUGAAUAAAUGACCAAGAAUAUGCACACGGCACGGCAGACCAGUAAGCACCGAAAGCUAGAGUUUAGGGUUUGGUGUGAACAGCUAGGGUUUAGGGUUUAGUGUGGACAUGAUUUUAUGACUGUCCAAGUGAGCUCCAUGGGCAAAUCUGCAGGAGCCUUAGGCCGUCAACAAUGGCAUAAUUAUCCUUUAUGAGAUAUUCUUGACAAUUAUUUUUCUGUGUUAACGCCAAUCCAUAAAACCUGUGUGUACAUUAUGUUUCUGUAGUUAUAAAAUCUUGUAUUCAAUUGGUUUUGGAA